AUGUUGUUGAAUUGCGAUGAGCAUGGGAAGUCCUUGCUUAAGCGGAUCGGUGAGCUGGAGACAUACAACAGGCAGAUCAAUCGCCUCGAAGAGGUAAGGCUGUUGCGCCUGCAGCACGCCAAGAAUAAGCUCCUGAGGCGCUCAUUUGACGAGGUCAGUGUUCUCAGCUUUGGUUGCACUGCGUCAUGCGGCUCACCACAACAGGCACAGUCACCUACGGAUGCUUCCAACAGGUCCGAUGCCAGCGACCUGGCGGCGAUACGAGGAACCACGUUGGCCCCGCUUGAGCCGCGGAAAGAAUGGUCUCCCGAUGCCAAGGCGGAUGCGGAUGGAGGCGCUCAGAAGUUGGCAGACUCCUGGCAGGCCCAACUACAUUCCACGAGAGCAAAGCUGAAAAAUCGCCAUGACCAGCUUGAGCAGCUCGAGCAGCUGCAGCAGCAAAGCAGCACAAUCCAGGAGAAGCUACGGCAUACCCACUCUAUGGUGGAGCAAGCAACUGCUGCCGCAGCAGCUGCAACACAGAGACGCUUGAGGGAUGCUGCUCGAGCACGAGUUCGCAACACUCUGAAUGAGGAGCUCCGUGCGCAAGCGGCGGCAGAGCAGCUUCGGCAAAGAACACAACGCCAAGCUCAAGCCGCACAGAACUUUGGAUGCUCUAAGGCAGCAAUGUCAGAUGUUGCUUCAAGCUCGAAAGGGAACGAGAGCGACAACAGCCCAGGAGUCUUCAGCUUGAAUGAGCCAGUCACACCCCAAUCGGUGCAACAGAUCAUCCUGGGUGCAUCUGCAGAACGGAAAGUUGCUUGA